UUCAUUAGACCUUUUCUCCUAGAAUAUGUGACAGUAUAUAUGGCCAUGUCUACUCAUGGUAUUAGUCUUACUUAUACUUGAAUAUGCCUUGUUUCAGAGAUGAUCAAGCUGAGAGAGUGAGAGCGAGAGGCUAUGUGGUAGCCACUGUACCAGCCUACCUUGAUGAUGACUUCCGUGGGCAUUUCCGGAUGACUCGACACCAGGUGCAGCAACUGCAGGAGGACUUGGGCGCGGCAGGGGCGUACGCCGAAGACCAUGGCGGAAGGGAGCCCAUUUCUCCAGGCAAAGCACCAUUGGUCCUUCUGUGGACUUUAGCCAAUCAGGACACUAUUCGAAGCAUUAGUGACAGGUUCGAUCUUACCAAGUCGAGUGUAAUACGCUCGAACCGACGCUUGACGAAUGCGAUCGUAAACGACCUGCUCGGAGAACACGUGAAGUGGCCAAACAACACUGCAGCUGGUGCGAUCGACUGUGUUGGGGGCAUCGAGAUUGUGGGGGCCAUCGAUGGCUCUCACAUCCCGAUCUCCCAGCCAGUCGAGGACCAGGAGGUCUAUGUAAAUAGAAAGGGCUUCCACUCUUUGGUUCUCCAAGCGGUCUGCCAGGCUGACAUGCGCUUCAUUGACGUGUUUACGGGAUACCCGGGCUCGGUUCACGAUGCCCGGGUAUUCCGUAACUCUCCCUUGUGCCAGGCGCUUCCCAGACUGUGUCCCGAUGGUGAAAGUGUCAUUCUAGGAGAUAGCGCGUACCCCUUAACAGGGCAACUGAUCACCCCGUUCAAGGAUAACGGAAGGCUAACAAGGCGUCAAAAGCGAUUCAACACAGAAGUAAGUAAGAGGCGUGUGGUGAUCGAGCGAGCAUUUGCCCUGUUAAAGGGUCGUUUCCGUAGGCUCAAGUUCUUGAAGAUGUGGAGCAUCGCUGACACGACCAAAACCAUCAUCGCAGCCUGUGUGUUGCAUAACAUGUGUCUGGCAGGUGGCGACAGGGGCGAUGACUUUGGCGAGCUUACCGAUGGUGCAGAGGGGCUCGAGGUUGUUGUGCCGCGCCAUCGAGAUGACGCGGCAGAGGACAGGCGUGAUGAGCGUGGCGCACCUGUAAGAGAACAGCUGAUGACUGCCUUUCUGGGCCCGGAACUUAGGUAGUAGGUAUGUGUCCGUGCUAGAGGUGCCAGCUUCAGCAAAUGCAUAUCCAAUGUCUGCGGUCCGGUAACUUCGCCGAGUGGACGGUCAAAAUGUCCAAGCUGGCAGCAAUUAGUCCAAAGAUGUCUGUCUUUUUGACAUUUUGGACGGUUCGAAGUCUGCCAUGCUCAGCAUUACUCAGACAUUUAUUUUUACACCUUUGUUAUGCCUGCUGGAUGUGUAUAAAUGAAUGAUCGUAGGAUUGAGGACCACUAUCAAUGGGUUUUACCUGUGUGUGGCCUUCCAAAUAAAUGAAAUG